UGUGUGGCUCUCUUCUUCUUCUUCUUCUUCUUCUUCUUCUUCUUUGUCUUCUUCUUCUUUUUCAUUUGGGUCUGAAUCCAUGAAAAGGUAUCACCUUGGAAAACCUCUCUAAGAGGGCAUAGAGGAGGAGGAGGAGGAGGAGGAGGAGGAAAGGUGAAACAGAGGAAAAAAAAUCACAACUUUGAGGUUUGGUUGUUCAACCAUUGUAUUUGUGAAGUAGAAAAUGGGGUAUAGCUAUGACUGUGCUGCAUCUGUGCUUCUCUGUGCUGAGGAUAACGCUAGUAUCUUGGGUUUUGAUGAUGGGGAUGAGAUUGAGGCUUGUUUGGAGGUGGAAAGGAGUGGAGUUUUGGUAGAAAGGUGUCAUCUUUUUGGGGAGAUGCUCUUGGAGAUGCCUCUGAUUUCAGAUGAGUGUUUAGAGUUGUUGUUGAAGAAAGAGCUUGAUCAUCUCCCUAGGGCUGAUUAUGCUGAAAGGUUGCUCUCUGGUGCUUUAUUUAAAAGAGACACCGAUAUUGAUUGGAUUUCUAAGGCUCAUGCACUCUAUAACUUUGGCCCUUUGAGUGCUUACUUAGCAAUCAACUUCCUGGAUAGAUUUCUCUCUGCUUAUGAACUUCCGAAAGGGAAAGCUUGGAUGACUCAAUUGCUAUCAGUUGCAUGUUUAGCUUUGGCUGCCAAACUAGAUGAGAGUGAGGUUCCCUUAUCUCUUGAUUUGCAGGUUGGGGACGCAAAAUAUAUAUUUGAGGCCAAGACUAUACAGAGAAUGGAACUUCUUGUGUUGAAUACUCUUAAAUGGAGAUUGCAAUCUGUGACUCCUUUCUCUUACAUUGACUAUUUUCUUCACAAAUUCAAUGACAACAAGACUCCGUCGACAGUAUCGGUUUCUCGAUCUGUUGAACUGAUACUAUGCAUCAUGAGAGGGACUGAUUUCUUAGCAUUCAGACCAUCUGAGAUAUCUGCAGCUGUUGCAUUAUCAGUCUUAUCUCAAGAACAAGCACAAAAGCCGGAAACCGAUGAAGUUCUCACUUGCUACUCCCAUGUAAUUGAAAAGGAGAGAGUUUUGAGAUGCUGUGAAAUGAUUCAAGCCAACUCAUCAUUGAUGAACAGCAUCAUCAUCAACAACAACAACAACAACAACAACAAGAACAGAGCAUUCAAGAAUGCAAUUUCUGCUGCUUCUUUUGUGCCACAAAGCCCAAUUGGAGUGAUUGAUGCUGCAUGUUUGAGUUACAAAAGUGAGGAAGCAGCACCAAGAAAUGUAGUUCAUGCAAAUUCUGAUCAUACUUCACCACCUAAUAAGAAAAGAAGGAUGAACAGGCAUGAAUGAAGAUGAAAGGGAGUUGAAACAGGGUGCUCUGUUUUUGUUAUCAUUUCAUAGAGAAACUAAUUGAGAAUAUGAAGAAUAGGAGAUAGAUGAGAAGCAGAGGAAGAGAGAAGAAAACUUGUUCUUGAGAUGAGUGUUUUCUUUUUUAUUUAUUUUUUUAUUUUGUUUUUUUAUUUGUUAUGUGAAAAACUUGGGGUAUGAAAAUAACCUCUGAAACAAAAUGGAUAAAAAAAAAGUCUUAAUGAUAUAAAUGUUUAUUUUUCAUUUA